CAAAACGUCAUCCACCGAUUCGAGAAGAGGAAGAGGAAAGAGACCCGUUUGUUGUGAUAAUCAGUGCGGUGCUUGAAAAAUCCAGAUAAAUUGGGGAACUUCUCGCCCAUAAAGUGAAAAAAUGAGUGAUUUGGACGUAGAAAACAUAUGCCGCCUGUGUUGCGAAAAGAAAGGUCGCCUGCGGUCGCUUUUCGAACGAAAACCAGCCAACCAUUCGCUCUCGUUGCAGCAAAUGAUCCUGGACGUGACGCGGCUGGAGGUUGAGCCCGGGGAUAAAUUGCCGCAGAAGAUCUGUAGAACGUGUUCCAAAACGUUGGAGAAGAUGUACGAAACCAUCGAAGGUUACCGAACAAACGAUUUGAAACUUCGGCAGCAACUGGGGCAAAAGUACCUAGCGCAGGUGGAAAUCAAGGAGGAAGAGGUUGACAUAGACUUGCUGGAAAAAACAUGCGAACAGGACAUGAUGGUCGAGAAUAUCUGUAUUAAACAGGAAGCAGACGAAGAACAGCUCGAUCAUGAAAACCUAGACGAAGGUCAAAACGCAGUGAAGCUUUCAAAAGAAAAUCAAUCUGACUCUGAAAGCGCUGAAGAAGCCAACCUUGAUGAAGAUGAAUGGAAGCCAAGCAAGGAGGAUAAAGAGGAUGAAGAAAAGGUCAUCAAACGUAAGAAGUCCACCACGAAGAAAUCACGCAGGAAGAGAAAUCCAGGUGAUCCACCACUGAAACGUAUACGUUACCGAGAUCCCAACAUUCCACGCUUUGCGGAUUUCAAAUGUUACGUUUGCAUGGGCGAGUCUCAUGGAACGGCCGAAGCACUGCUGACUCAUUUGAACAGUAUUCAUGCGAAUUUGCUUCCGUAUACCUGUACGGAUUGUCAGACGGAGACGGUUGUGUUCAACACAGUCCUGGCAAUGAACACUCACAAACGGCAGCAUAUGAAUCCGGAAAAAUGUCCGCAUUGUGACAGGCGAUACACCACCAAGAACAAUGUUAAGCUACAUAUUCAGAUGUACCACACGGGUGAUAACGAACCGAAUCCAUCACCAUGCGACACCUGCGGCAAAGUGUGUUCCUCUAAACUGGCAUUGAAAAAUCAUAUGAGGCUACACACUUCAGGAUCGGCCUGUGAAAUGUGCGGUAAGGUCUUUCUAGAGCGAAGCAAAUUACAAAGGCACAUUCAAACCAAGCAUGAAAAGCUUAAGAAAUUCGAAUGUAACAUCUGCCAGAAGAAACUGGCUUCUAUUUCCGCUGUGCAGAACCACAUCGAUAGAUUCCACUCUUCGCAAGUAUUCACUUGCAGUUACUGCCCAAAGACGUUCAAUUUAAAGUUGACUCACCGCGCCCACGAGCAGAAGCACAUCGAGAACAAAAAUUACGUAGCGACGAAGGAUUGGAAGGACUACUACACCGUGCUCGAUGGGCAAGAAGGCAAGGUCACCAAGCUGAAGAAGUGCAAUCUUUGUGGAUUCGAAACUAGUAAUAUGGGACCGCACCUCGCCAAGGUUCACUUCCCAACCGAGUAUCGGUGCGAAAUUUGCGAUGCUACGUUCAGGAAUAAGCAGUCCUAUAAUAUCCACGUGGAAGAGCACGAACAUGGCAAGGCGCACCGGUGUCCUAUCUGCGGGCGCGAGUUCUCCGAAAGGAAGAAUCUAAUUACGCACCUUCGGACUAAAAAACACCAGGAUCACCCUCUGGCGCAGGCUAUGCUGAGUACGAUCAAAACAGCUAAUACGACCCCCAAACGGGAUAAGUCCACUUCUGAAGUGGAUGAUGACGAUACCCGGGAAGAAACGCAAAUUGGGGUAGAACGUGGUAUAGGUCAUUAUAUGUGAGAUAAAUAAAUAACGAUACUUAUUAUCCAUUAUUUGUCAAAGUAUUGGAAUCAUUGUCUUUUGCACUAAAUUAUACGAAACCGGUCAGAUACA